AUGAGGAACGGCGUCCUGGAAAUGAUGCAAUCUUCGUCGGGAAUUUUUCCGUUGUCGUCUUCUUCGGCGGCAGCGCUUAACCUGAAGGAAGCUACGAAUUGGUGGUCGGACGUCAACGAAUCUCCGGUCUGGCAAGAUCGUAUCUUCCAUAUCCUCGCUGUCUUAUACGGAAUCGUUUCCGUCAUUGCUGUGAUUCAAUUGGUAAGAAUACAACUGAGAGUGCCAGAAUACGGCUGGACGACGCAGAAAGUCUUUCACUUUCUCAAUUUCCUGGUGAACGGAGUUCGAGCUCUAGUUUUCAUCUUCAGGCGGGAUGCACAGAAAAUGGAGCCGGAGAUUCUGCAACAUAUCUUGCUUGACAUUCCAAGUCUUGCUUUCUUCACUACUUACGCGCUCCUGGUACUCUUCUGGGCAGAGAUUUACUAUCAGGCACGUGCUGUGUCCACUGAUGGACUGAGGCCAAGUUUCUUCACAAUCAAUGCGGUUGUAUACGUAAUACAGAUUGCUCUUUGGUUGGUAAUGUGGUGGAAGCCUGUUCAAGUUAUGGUCAUCAUUUCUAAGAUGUUCUUUGCAGCUGUGUCAUUGUUCGCAGCCCUUGGCUUUCUCUUAUAUGGAGGAAGGCUUUUCCUGAUGCUACAGCGGUUUCCAGUAGAGUCCAAAGGGCGGCGCAAGAAGCUGCAAGAGGUUGGUUACGUGACAUCCAUAUGCUUUACGUGUUUCCUCAUCAGAUGCAUCAUGAUGUGCUUUGAUGCGUUUGACGAUGCAGCAGAUCUUGAUGUCUUAGAUCACCCAAUCCUAAACUUCAUAUAUUACCUGUUGGUGGAGAUAUUACCUUCUACUUUGGUCCUCUUCAUCCUAAGAAAGCUUCCACCAAAACGCGGAAUCACUCAGUACCAUCAAAUCCAGUGA